UCAAACUUUAAGGUGUCAACAAUUACAUGUUUAGGUUAGGAUUCCUAACCUAAAAAUUUAAUUCCUAACUUAGGAAUGGAAAUGGAAGUUGAUUAUCAUAUUUGGCUCACGAAACAAUUCCUUAACUAGUUAUUUAUAUAUAGCCACUGCUGCUACUGGCAAGCAAGCUGUUAUUGUUAUUAUUCUAAAAGGAAACCUAAAAUUAUGGCAAACUCUUUGUUGACAAAGUUGGGCGCUAUGCGGCUGAUCCCUGCCGUAUUCUGUACGCCAGUACGAACCACGACAACCAAACAUUACAAUCCAAAGUUUAAGAAGUUAAGAGCCCAAAAAUAUAUGAAGAUUCCCUUACCAGAUAUGAACGAAGACUUUAAUAGCAUGUCUAAGGAACGAAUUAGGCAGAAGAUGAAGGAGCGAGGUGUAAUGCCUCCUCGGCCAUGGAUGGAGAGACCAUUUUAUAUAUCGGCAACAGGUGGAGUGUUUGAAGCGUAUGUGCCUCCAGAAGGGGAUGGAAAAGCAUCUAUUGUGUCUCCCACUCGUGCCAAACAAGCAGCUGAACUCUUACAGAAGAAGUCCAAAUCCAUGAUGGCUAUUCGUAAAAUUAAGUCUUUCGAGGAAGAAUUUGACUCCACACAGUUUGCAAGUCUCGCUCAGGAUAUAUAUAUUAAAGCUCACGAAACUUUGGUAAAUAAAGAUCGGCAUGCCCUGAGGCAGUAUGUCACGGAGAAAGCGUACCCCGAGUUCAGACACAAUGCAAAUCUGAAGACUAUUCGGUGGAAGUUUUUAGAGUCUUUGGAGCCACCGAGGGUGGUGCAUGCAAGGUGUACUGAUAUUGUCUCUAAGGAGAAUGUUUUUGGACAGGUUACAGUGAGAUUCCAUACUCGCCAGCAGCUAUCAGUCUACGAUCGCUUCGGUCGCCUCAUCCACGGCAGUGAAAUUAUAGCCAAAGACGUUCUAGAGUACAUAGUCUUUGAGAAACACCUCUCAAACUUAUACGGGACUUGGCGAAUUCAUGAGAAGAUCAUACCAGAUUGGACGCCCCCUAAAGAGGCUUCGAAGUUGACUAGGGUCGCUUCAGCGCCGGCGCUUCCUGAACCAGAAGCGAAAGAAGUAGCGGUGAUGGAUGAGAAAGAAACUAAAGUAGCGGAGUCUUAAAUGUUGUAAUAUUGAAUAAAUGUAUAGUUUUAGCA